UGGCAGCGUGCCAAAAUGAAGGUGUCAAACCACAAUUUGACACGAGCUGCGUCUCCUUUAUAAAUGGAUCCUUCGCUCAGAUUCGUGAACAUACUUCACCACAGACUCGAAGGAUUAAGGACUUGCAUCGCUCGGGAAUAAUCGUAUGGAGUGCUCUACUUGUCAAACUAGGACUAUGGAGAUAACCAUUAAUUCUUGCCUUGGACAUACCGGAUAUAAUAAUGAAAAUACAACACACGAGCCAACAUACACGCGUGCUCUGUUUUGGAGACCGUGGACACAAGGACAGUUGGAACAAAGGGACUCUCAUGGAUUUUACGGCAAAUCUCCAGUUGAAUUAUCAGAUGCAAAGAAGCCCAACAGAAGCCCACAUCCUGUAAAGUUAUUCUGGCCUCGAUCGCGCUGCUAUGAUUAUCUGUAUCAGGACGCCGAAGCGCUGCUUCGGAAUUAUCACGUCCAGGCGACUGUCUGUCUUUACGCAGACUCCAGCAGCGACGAGGACAGUGACGAGGAGGACGAGAAAGAAAUGUACUUGACAGAUUUAUGAAUGACAAUUAGAUGGGACAUAAUAUAUUUGGUAAUUUAUUUCGGUGCGAAAUUUGUAAAUACGUAAUUUAAUGGAUGCUUA